CUUCACUGGAAGCCACAGAGGCCACCACAACAUAAAAUCAGUGAAAUAUAACAAACAUGUACUGCUGGAUGGCAGCUCCUUCGCCCAAUAGCAGCUGAAUUAGCGCCCCCUAAAGCGUCCGUCAUCGUCCUUCAUCCAAUCGACGAGUGUUUGACAUCAACGGCGCUGUCCGUUCCUCUCUCAUGCUCAUCACUUCGGCUAUGCGGUGCUGACCAAGGUGUGUGUCGUGAAGGUUACACGGACGGACUGUCCGGUCUUGCAGGGACAGCAGCCACCUGCCCAUGUCACUCUGACCUUGUUGUGUCCACGUCUCCUGGAGGUUCCUGAGAGACCAGCAUGCAGCUCCUCGUCCUGCUCCUGCCUGCGUUCACCCUGACGCUGGCCUCCUCGUUUUCAUCUCUAUAUAGUGAGGUGCCAUACAUCUUUGGUGAUGAAGCUGCAGGUUAUGGGCCUGUGUUUGAGGAGCAGCCUGCCGACACCAUCUACCCGGAGGAGUCGCCUGAGGCCAAGAUCAUCCUGAGCUGCCGAGUGCGGGCCAGUCCACCUGCCACAUACAGGUGGAGGUUUGAGAAGGUAGAGAUUGACUUCAAGAAGUCAGCCAACAAUCACUACAGGCUGGAGGGAGGCAACUUGGUCAUCAGCAACCCUGACAAGAGCAAGCACGUGGGGAACUACACCUGCGAGGCCACCAACGACUACGGCACCGUGGUCAGCAUGAAGGCCUCCGUCCAGUUCGGCUUCCUGGACAUGUUCUCCACGGAGGAGCGCGAGGCGGUGCAUGUGAAGGAGGGCCAGGGUGCCGUGCUGCUGUGCGCGCCCCCACCACACUACCCAGAUGACCUGUCCUACCGCUGGAUGCUCAACGAGUUUCCUAUCUUCAUCCCGCCCACUGACCGGCAGUUUGUCUCGCAGACCACCGGCAAUCUCUACAUCUCCAAAGUGGUGGCGGCCGACAGCGGCAACUACUCCUGCUUCGUGUCCAGCCGCUCUAUCGCCAAGAGUGUUUUCAGCAAGUUCAUCCCUCUGGUGCCUCUGUCUGAACGUUUCCCACGCAAGUACCGAGCCGACAUCAACGUCAUGUUCCCCGAGACGAACGCCUUGGUCGGCCAGAACAUCACACUGGAAUGCUUCGCCCUGGGAAACCCCAUCCCCAAGAUCCGCUGGAAUAAGGUGGAUGGGGAGCUGCCCCCCGCGCACGAGAUCAGCAUGGCCGGUGGUCAGCUGCACCUAAUGAACGUGCAGUACGAAGACGAAGGCACCUACGAGUGUGAGGCCAUCAACAUCAAGGGCAAGCACAAGCACAAGGCCAAGGUCAACGUGGAGGCUGCUCCUGAGUGGGUGGAGCACAUCGUGAGCGCCGAGCGUGACAUCGGCAGCUCCUACACUAUGUCCUGUGAAGCCAGUGGGAAACCCAAGCCCCACAUCCGCUGGAUGAAAAACGGCCACCCGCAGUAUGGCAUGCACCAACUGAAGUUCAGCGAGCUGACCUUUAAGGACUCGGGGAUGUACCAGUGCAUCGCAGAGAACCGCCACGGGGUCCUCCACGCCAACGCAGAGCUGCGCGUGUUUGCGGGUGGCCCGACGUUUGAGCACAACCCGUUGAAGAGGAAGACCCUGGCGGCCAAGAACAGCCGUGUGGUGAUCGAGUGCAAGCCCAGGGCCGCCCCCAAGCCCACGUUCUCCUGGAGCAAGGGGACAGAGCUGCUGUCAAACUCUUCCAGGAUAUUGAUUUGGGACGACGGUAGCUUGGAAAUCAUCAACGUUACCAAAGCAGAUGAGGGGAGCUAUACGUGCUUUGCUGAGAACGGAAGAGGGACGGGUAACAGCACCGGCUUCCUCUCCAUCACAGAUGCGACCAAGAUCACCCUGGCGCCCGCCAAUGCUGAUGUCACUGUUGGGGAGGCCGUCCGGAUGCAGUGCGCCGCGUCACAUGACUCCACACUGGACAUCACCUUCAUCUGGUCCCUGGAUGGACGGGCCAUUGACUUUGACAGAGACCGCGAGCAUUAUGAACGUGUGGAUGGAGACUCGGGUGGAGAGAUGUUGAUUAAGAGCACACAGCUGAACCACGCUGGUCGCUACACCUGCACGGCCCAGACUCCCGUGGACAACGUCACAGCAUCCGCUGACCUCGUCGUCAGAGGCCCUCCUGGACCUCCUGGGGGUGUGCGUCUGGACGAGGUCCGAGACAGGUCUGUGCGUCUGACCUGGAGUCAGGGCAAAGACAACCACAGCCCCAUCUCCAAGUACACCGUCCAGUACAGAGACAUGCGGUCAGGAGGCCAGUGGAAGGAGGCUGUGACCUCUCCUCCACAUGUGGAGGGAAACACGGACACGGCCUCUGUGGUGGACUUGAUUCCGUACACUGAAUACGAGUUCCGGGUCAUCGCUACCAACACGUUGGGCACGGGAGACCCUAGUGACCCCUCCCAGAAGGUCACCACCCUGGAGUCAGUUCCUGUGGUGGCACCGUCAGACGUCGGUGGAGGGGGAGGAAGCAGCAGGGAGCUGACUAUAACAUGGACGCCUGUGCAGCCAGAGUACUACUAUGGCAAGAACUUUGGCUACAUCGUGGCCUUCAAGCGGGAGGACAGCAUGGAGUGGUUGAAGGUUACGGUGGCGGACCCUCAGGCCAGGCGCUACGUGCACAAGGACUCCACCAUCCCCCCCUUCACCAAGUUUGAUGUCAAGGUCAAGGCCUUCAACAAUGAAGGAGAGGGUCCCUUCAGCAUCCCAGCAAGCGUUUACUCAGCAGUCGAUGUUCCAUCAGUGACUCCUGGCGUCAUAGACAGCAGGGCCCUGUCAGCCACGGAGGCGAUUCUAUUCUGGGCCCCUGUGAUGCAGUCCAUAGAGGGCUAUCAGCUGAAGUACUGGAGGAAGGAAGUGGAGAACGAGUCGACCAACCCGCCCAUCAUGGUGUCCAGCAUGGACAACCACACUCGCGUGGAGAGACUGAGGCCCAACUCACUCUACGUCGUGGAGGUGCGGGCGUACAACUCGGCUGGACUGGGCCCUCCCAAAAGGGCCGAGCUCGUCACCAGGAAACCACCACCAAGUCGGCCUCCUAAGAUUGUCAGCACGAAGCUGAACCCGAGCGGCACGUCAUUCAACAUAGCGUGGGAGCACUUGGCCUCUCUGGCCAAUGAGUCUAAAGUCGAGGGCUACAAGAUCCUCUACAGGCAGGAUAGCCAUGCCACGGGCAUCUUAUACUCCACGCCCAAGCAGCACAUAGACCUGCCCAUGCCCAAGGAUGGAGAGCCACUGGUGGAGGUCCGAGCGUACACUGAGGGUGGGGACGGGGCAGUGGCUCAGGUGCGGGUCUCAGGUAGCCAAUUAGGUGGAGCUGGAAUGACCGCCCCGUCCCUGGGCCUGGCCAUGCUGCUCCUGGUGGCACUCUCUUGCGCGGGACUCUGAAUGUAGCUCCAUCCUUACCUGUCUGCAGCCCCACCCUCGGUGAAGAGGACUCUGUAAGGAUGCUGCCUGUGACCACUCAGACUCUUGCUUUCCACAGUCUUUGUUUGGUUUCGACCUCGCAAACCAAAAUGCCAUAUUUCCCUCCCUGGAAUAAGACUGUGGAAAAAAAAACAUAUGAAAAAGAUAGACUGUGGGAAAAACAUCUCAGAAAGUACAAAGACAUCCUGGAUAUCCCUUAUUUAGUAUCUUCAAAAUAUCUUUGGAUGAAUGAUGAAAGAGUUCUCUCAACUUGUUCAAUAUGCCUUAUAUAAAUCUCUUCAUUUAUCUUUCACAGAUGAACUACUUGCUUGUAUUGAUAUGGGUCGAGGAUCAUUUUCUUUUGUGGUUUUAUUUGUUGAGGUGUAAUGUAGAUCUGCCCAUAUGCAUGGGGGACAUUGGAUACUGUUGCCUUCAGGCAUGUUAUGAGAUGUGUGUUAUGGAUGAAUUCUUCAACAAUAUGCUCCAUAUCUACUGCAAGUAAUUCACAAUGAAAGAUAGGCGUAGGGAUGUCAGAAAUCAUUUUACAUGUAGUUUGCUAUAAGUGGCUUUCCCCUUUUUUAAUGUUUUAAUAAUCAAGCACACCCUCCCUUAACAGAUCAAAUUAAAUUACCCAACAAUUCAGGCAUAUAAAUGUACAAUAUUAAACAUAAACUUCAGUAUAAAAGCUCAUAUUAUGCUAAUAGUAUAUGCAAUAAUUUAUAAGCUAUUGAUUUAUCCAUGAUCAAACAUUACUUUCUUAUCAACUCAACUCAUCCUUUAUUAAAAGAUCAUUUUAUUCAGAAUAUUGUGAUUUUGUUGUCCUAACCUGGACUUAGGGAGUUCAGUACAAGUAACAUCCUUCUGUGCAUGUAGACAUGUUCCUCUGAUGGGGAAUACAAAUGCUAAGCUGUUAAUAAUAUCCAAUUGACUGCAGACGUUCAGCAAAGAGUGUUGUACAUGUUCACGUGAAGCACAUUUAUCUGUGUUAAACUAAGUUGAAUGUACAGUGAUAUUGUGUGGCGGUGAGAUAAAGCUAUGCUUGGCUACCCAACUUAUGAUUUCAAACACAAGCACAACCCUAUACAGUACAUUACGUGCUGAGAUCACAUCACGUCACCAUGCCCAGAUCAACCCCAUGCAGUACGUGCUGAGAUCAUGUCACCAUGCCCAGAUCAACCCCAUACAGUACGUGCUGAGAUCAUGUCACCAUGCCCAGAUCACAACCCCAUACAGUACGUGCUGAGGACAUGUCACCAUGCCCAGAUUAACCCCAUACAGUACGUGCUGAGAUCAUGUCACCAUGCCCAGAUCACAACCCCAUACAGUACGUGCUGAGGACAUGUCACCAUGCCCAGAUCAACCCCAUACAGUACGUGCUGAGAUCAUGUCACCAUGCCCAGAUCACAACCCCAUACAGUACGUGCUGAGGACAUGUCACCAUGCCCAGAUCAACCCCAUGCAGUACGUGCUGAGAUCAUGUCACCAUGCCCAGAUCAACCCCAUACAGUACGUGCUGAGAUCAUGUCACCAUGCCCAGAUCACAACCCCAUACAGUACGUGCUGAGGACAUGUCACCAUGCCCAGAUUAACCCCAUACAGUACGUGCUGAGAUCAUGUCACCAUGCCCAGAUCACAACCCCAUACAGUACGUGCUGAGGACAUGUCACCAUGCCCAGAUCAACCCCAUACAGUACGUGCUGAGAUCAUGUCACCAUGCCCAGAUCACAACCCCAUACAGUACGUGCUGAGGACAUGUCACCAUGCCCAGAUCAACCCCAUACAGUACAGGACAUGGCUCCACUGAGAUCACGUCACGUCACCAUGCCCAGAUCAUGGCUGUACUGUCUUUGCUGUAAUGUUAUACCAAUGUUGUGAGAGUGUCAUGUGCCCAACCAUAGAGAUAUCAGUCACAAUGAGGAACAUCAUAUCCCCAAAGGACAGGGACAGAGCACAAAAAAAGGCCUUUGUUUUAAUCAUAUCAACAAAACCUCAGUCUCACAUGCUCUAUGAAGAAUGUCAACAUUUCAACUACUAUUUUACUAUUUACUACCUUUCAUUUAAUUAUUUUACAACUGCUUUUGUCAUUGUUUUCAUGGUCCAGGUAGCAGUAACAUGUAUACAAUGGUCCUCACACGGUUAUGGUGUCAUUGUUUUCAUGGUCCAGGUAGCAGUAACAUGUAUACACCUAACCCUAACCCUAAUGGUCCUCACACGGUUAUGGUGCAAUGGCUAAUGAAUAGCACCCUGCUAAAUUGUUUGUUUUUAAAAUGACAACUUGCCUAGCUCUGUAAUAUGUUUUCUAAAUCUUGAUCUUCUGUCAUCUUUGUAUCAGUUGAAAAAAGCGGAAGACAAAAAGCAUUCCACCCUUAACUCCGUGAAACCGUCCCUAGAGUACAUUAUAUCUGUUUGUACUGUUUGUCUGUUUUUUUUAAACUAUUGUAUUUUUUUUUGUCUUGAUAACAUAUACAGUGUAAGUGUUCAAAGAUAUAUCAAUGUCCAAUAAUGUCCUUCUAUUUGUUGGUAAAUGACAUUAUGACCUGCGGUUUAUUUGAUGAUAGAGCUAUAUUUUAUUUCCAUAUGCUGCAUUUUCAUAGUUAAACCAGAGCACUCAAGGGAGACCCUCCAAGGAAGCAAAGUUUUCUAUGUUGGCUCUUAGUAGGGCGAUUCUAACCAAGCGAUAUUGGAGAUGAAGAGGCUUUAAAUGGCCAUAACUGAUGCAAGUCAUCAGAAUCAAAGGAUGGGUAUCUGUUUGAGGUGCUCGUUGGGUGUGACUGGACCCCGUCAUUGCUUAUCCCAUCGUGUGAGUAUAUGAGCAACCACCACCAAGUGCUUUUCCCUGUCUCCUUCAUGCAGCCAAUCAUCAGUGAAAGAAUUGCCAAAUGCAUGAACGCCUUUAACUUUUUGCAAUCUGUCAUAUUCUGAUAAAAAUGGUAUAUCCGCAGAUGCAUGAUUUUUGGAAAAAAAUGUCCAUUCUGUUUGCUGAGGAGCUCCAUUUAUACCAACGGAUGGACAUUUACUAUAUACGUGCGUCUCAAUUUAUACCAACGGAUGGACAUUUACUAUAUACGUGCGUCUCAAUUUACUCCCAUCAUUUUGUUUGUCUUGUGGAGACAGAAGAUUAUUGGAUGACGCCCCUCACAACCUUAAUCUCAGAAUCAUCUGCUUUGUUUCAGUAGGCCUCAGCCAGUUCCCCUUGAUUAAUGGCAGAGACAAAACCAGACACGACUGACCAACUGGACAUUUCACCCAGUCAUGUAGGCCACUUGCAGGACCAUGUGCCCAGUGAGCGAGCAUUACCUCAUGAUAUCGGGGUUGGGGGUUAAUGUCACCACUGUUGUUUGGCUGUCGGACAAAGGUUUGUGUGUGUGUGUGUGUGUGUGUGUGUGUGUGUGUGCGUGCGUGUGUAUGUUCACUAAUGGUUGUCGUAUGAAGUCAAUGCAGUUCUGAGGAUCAGACUGACCCGUGUCCCUUACUUUACCUGCCAAUGUUUAUAGUUACCCCACCCCUAGAACUGUCUUUACUUCAUAAGACACUAGAUGUGGUGUUUUUCUUUACCACUGGGUUAAUGUUUAUGUGUGUGACGCUUACUUCAAUGUUCACUGCACAAACUUCUUCGGGGUAAAACCUGGCUCUCUCAUUGGCUGGAUUUGAAAUGAAUUAUGAAUUACAAUAAAGUAGUUAACUAUGA